GGUCACAUGGCCACCGGGAGCCUCUGUCUGGAAAAUCGCAUGGAAUAAACACGUUUCGUCUAAUAAUAAGUAUUAUUUUCUAUUCAUAACGGACGCCCUUUAGGCAGGACGCGUAUUGCAGAUGUACGGAGGUAGGCUGGCUCUCCUGAGCGGUACAUAUAAACUCAGCCUCCCAGUAUGGAGAACUGCUGGAUGUUUACGGACUGUAUAUCUCACCACGAAGCUAAACGGCUGCUGCUUUAUUCUUCCAGCACCUAGCGUCUACUGUAGCUUCAUUUAUCAAACAUAAAGGUCCAUAUUCACUCGUUACUACUAAACAAGUAAGCGUCUCUUUUUCUCCCGGGCUAGCCAGGUCUGUGUGACCCGGUUUCUGCUGUUACAAGCUGUUUAUAAUAACAAGCCGGUUAUCUUCUCCUGUGGUUAGUUAGCUACGAGCAUUCCUGCUGUGCCUUAACUGUCUCGUACUUUGUGGACAUGCGUGGAACCAAACUGUGAGCGCUUCUGUGUUAAGUUUGACAGCAGGCUGUUAUUGUUGCAAGUUUUGAACGAAAAUGAAAUCGGCUCUGGCUCCCGGCAUACGACUUAUCACAUCGUUUUCUCGAGAUAGUUGGUAUCGCAGUUUCAUUCUUUUCCUCACCUUCCUCUUCUACACAGCCUACCAUCUGUCACGGAAACCUAUCAGCAUUGUUAAGAGUGAACUGCACAGAAACUGCUCCACAGUCGUUCGACCAGCAGACCUUAACGUAACCAACAAUGCUACCUGGUGUGACUGGGCGCCCUUUGACCAAGACAACUAUCAGACGCUGUUUGGGGUCUUGGACAACUGUUUCCUGGUUGCCUAUGCCAUCGGCAUGUUUUUCAGUGGGAUAUUUGGAGAGCGCCUGCCUUUGCGGUACUACCUGAGUUUUGGGAUGCUGUCGAGUGGACUGUUCACAGCUCUGUUUGGCCUCGGCUUCUACUGGAAAAUCCACUCAUUAGGGUACUACGCCUUCAUCCAGGUCAUGAACGGGCUGGUGCAGACCACCGGUUGGCCAGCAGUGGUGGCUUGUGUCGGCAACUGGUUUGGAAAGGGGAAGCGUGGGUUCAUAAUGGGUGUGUGGAACUCCCACACCUCAGUGGGAAACAUCCUGGGCUCCCUCAUCGCAGGAGUCUUCGUCUCCUCGGCGUGGGGAAUGUCCUUCAUUGUCCCAGGGAUCAUCAUCGCCUGCACUGGGAUCCUGUGCUUCUUCUUCCUAGUUGAGAAACCUGAAGACGUUAACUGCACUCCUCCUCAGCACCAUAGCGAACAGGAAAGCGGCGAAGAGGAGCCUCUCCUGCAGAACUCGCCCCACGUUGACCGAACCGUCAAUGGUGCCAUCUCCGUUGAACCUCAGGAGGUUGCAGAGGAACACGCUGAGGCCAUUAGCUUCUGUGGGGCUCUCAGUAUACCUGGAGUGAUGGAGUUCUCUCUCUGUCUGCUGUUCGCCAAGCUGGUCAGCUACACUUUCCUGUACUGGCUUCCUCUCUACAUUUCAAAUGUUGCACAUUUUGAGGCAAAAGAAGCAGGAGACAUGUCGACACUGUUUGAUGUAGGAGGAAUUGUGGGGGGCAUUAUGGCAGGCCUUGUGUCUGACUACACGGGUGGGAGAGCGACAACUUGCUGCGUCAUGUUGCUUGCUGCGGCCCCCAUGCUUUUCCUCUAUAAUUACAUUGGACAAAGGAGCCUUGGUACUACAAUCGGUAUGCUGCUGGUAUGUGGAGGCCUUGUGAACGGACCGUACGCCCUCAUCACUACUGCUGUAUCUGCUGACCUGGGAACACAUGAGAGUCUGAGAGGAAACUCCAGGGCACUGUCAACAGUAACAGCAAUUAUUGACGGGACUGGUUCAAUAGGAGCUGCAUUGGGUCCUCUGUUGGCUGGUCUGAUCUCUCCUACUGGCUGGAACAACGUCUUCUACAUGCUCAUCUCUGCCGAUGUCUUGGCCUGCGUGUUUUUGUCCAGGCUCGUUUACAAGGAAGCUCAGGGUUGGUGUGGACGUGCUCCCCGAGUCAGAGGGUUCAAAGAAAUCUGAAUUAUUCACACAUGCAAACUGGGCACCAAACACAUAAAAGAGGGAAACAAUGCUGAAACUGACCUCAACAUACAGUGGACAACGUCUUUCCAUUGUCGCUAAAUGGAAACCAAGCCGUCAGAGGGAGAUUCAAGGCACUGAACAGAAGAUUGAAGCUGCCUUCCUCUUAUUGUAAAACAGCGAGAAAUAUGUCUUUAUAGAGACAAAGCUUUUUUAUGACAAAUCUACUCAUUCUUACUUGUUUGUUUUCUUAUUCGUUUAUCAUUAAAAUGUAUAUACUGUG